AUGCCAUCUCCGACCCGGUCCGAACCAUCAGCUCCCAGCCAGCCACCCGCAUUCGAGGUCCAAGACAAUGUCGAAGAUGCAGGACCGCCCGAGGCCAGGCAGAUUGAAUCGAAAAGAACAAAACUCGUCCUCCUUGGAUCAGGAAUCCUUCAACUGCCAAUAUGGGGCUUCGCAAUGAGCUACGGCGUCUUCCAAGAAUACUACGUGAACAACUGGACGCUGGAAGGCGACCGCAGCGUGACCGGUCUGAUCGGAACGACCGCCAACGGGGUCAUGUACCUGUCAAUGCCAUUCCUCUUCGCCAUGUUCACUCGGCGGUGGGCGCACCGGCGCCAACUCGCUGCUCUCGUAGGAACGGCCAUCGCCUGUGUGAGCUUCUUCCUCUCGUCGUAUAGUUCGACGGUCGGACACCUCGUCGCCUCUCAGGGCAUCACGUCGGCGCUAGGAUGCGCACUCAUCUAUAGUCCGACAACCCUCUCUCUCGGCGAGUGGUACAGCACGAGUAACCGGGCGGUGGCAUACGGGAUCGUCCUGUCGUGUAAGAACAUCGUCGGAACGACAUGCCCGUUCCUGAUCCGCGGCCUGAUCGACGCGUACGGCUUCCGGACGACAUUGAGGGUCUGGACAGCGAUCGUGGGCGGAACGAGCCUCCUCGCAAUCCUCUUUAUCCCAACGCACCCCUCGCGCCUCGAAAUCCACCAGACUCGGUCGCGAACCAUACCCUGGAAAUUCCUCCGCCACAGGUCAAUCUACUUUUACAGCCUCGCAAUCAUCUUCCAGAGCUCCGGGUAUGGAAUCCCACAGACGUACCUGAGCACCUACGCAAAAGACAUCCUGCUCCUCUCCCAAACCUCGGGAACGCUCAUGCUCGCCCUCUUCAACGUCCCUGGGAUAAUCGCCUCGCUGUUCUUCGGCUGGCUCAGCGACACCCACCACAUCAAUUUGUCCUCGCAAACUAUCUCAUCAAUCCCACCACUAAUCUGCGCCCUAGCCACAUUCCUCCUCUGGGGCCUCACCACCCAGGGAAACAUAUCCCUCCUCAUACUCUUCUCAAUAACCUUCGGCUUCUUCUCCGGCGGAUACAGCGCAACCUGGGGCGGGAUGCUGAAACAGAUGGAGCGCGAGUCGGCAGAGCGGAACGAGGCCGUCGAUCCGGGGAUGCUGUAUGGGGUGCUGAAUGGGGUGCGCGGGGUUGGGUAUGCGAGUGGGGGGUUUGCGGGGGUUGAGCUGUUGCGGCUGGGCGCGGUGAGCGCGGCGAGGAGGUAUGGGUUUGGGACUGAAUAUGGCGGGUUGAUUGUGUUUACGGGGGUUUCGUCCCUUCUGGGCGGGUGGGUUGUGCUUUGGAGGUGGCAGCCUCGGAGAGUGCUCGGUUUGGUUACGAGGGUGGUGUAA